AUGCAGCCCCAUUAUGAGGUCUCGCCUUCACCUCGUCGCUUUUGGUGUAGUAGUUCAUGGCAUCAUUAUAUUUGUGUUUUGCUACUGGAAUAUGGCAUUAUCGUUCUUGGCGUAUUGCUUCUGGAAUACGUUGUUGUCGUUCUUGGUGUGUCGCUUCUGGAAUAUGUCAUCGAUUUUGGUGUCGUAGUUUUUGACGUUUUCAUUACUGGGGUCGUUCGUCGUUACUGGAGUCGUUAG